UUCCAAUUACCGCAUCCGUCCAAAGCUCGCCCCGAAGACCUCGAAUCUCCCCGAGGCAAUCCCCGGUGUAUGUCUGGGACUGACUUGGCUUGGAACAAAAGUCGGGAUCAUCCCGUUUAUUACUCCUUCCUCUUUUCAAAUUACCCGCGCCAUCUUCCGAUGGAUGAUCUACAAAUAUCACUGUAUAGCCCACCGAGGGAUCUGUUGAUCGGAAUGAAAGGCUGUAUUUGGGCCCUCCUUAAUCCCUUCGAGACGUCGACUUGACGAAUCUAUAUAGAAAUACAACCCACAAUGCAAAGACUUCUGCUGUUGCUCGCAUCAUUCACGGGCAGUCUCGUUCACGCCCAAACUGGGGUUACCCAUCCCAUCUCAGAGAAAUGUGGCCGUUCGGUCGUCUGCGUCAAUCGCUAUGCAAAUGUGCUUCCCUACCACUUCUUUCGCAAUGUAAGCACCAUGGACACCGUCACGACCUUCGGUGAUACCACCGUAGCAAACGGCACAGUCCUGCAAGACGUCAAGACCGCGGAUUUCAUUGUGUAUAACAAAGAGAAAGGACUCGAUAUUCUAGGCUCGAACCCGAGCUACGAAUACGUUUUUGCCGUAAACGAUGCGGUGCACGAAGCCCCCGUCUACGUGGCAUCGCAGAACAAGCUGUACCUCUCGCAGCUCGCGCCGCCGCCAGGCUAUCUCCCGCAGCUGGUCAUUGAUCUCAACCAAGAUCCUCCAACAUUAUCAGAAUACCUCUCCGAUCCACCUGUCUAUGCCCCCAAUGGCGGAACAUUCCAUGACGGCAAAAUCAUCUGGGGCGCAUCUGGCGGUAACAGAUCGAUUGGCGGGACUGAACAACGGAUCUCCCUUAGAACAUUAGAUCCCGAGACAAACAAGACAACAAGCCUGGUCAACAAUUACUUUGGAUACUACUUCAACACAAUUGACGACCUCGCCGUGCAUCCUAAGACCGGCGAUAUCUGGUUCACAGACCCACAAUACUCCUGGUUCAAUGAUAUCACAGACACCCCUCCCCAGCUUCCCUGCGCUAGUUACAGAUAUAACACUUCUUCUGGGGCAGUGGUAGUUGUGGACGACUCAAUCGGUCAGCCAAACGGGAUCGCUUUCACUCCGGAUGGAUCUAUCGUGUACAUCAGCGAUACUGCGGCAGUCAGCGCUCCUAUUGAUCCUAAAUAUGGCCAUCCGGGCAGUACGUUUAAUACCACGCAUCGGCGGACUAUUUACGCGUUUGACGUGAGCGAGGAUGGUGCCCACGCUUACAACAAACGGGCCGUUUAUCUGGCACCAGGCUUUGUCCCCGACGGGCUGAAAGUGGCAGCGAACGGGUAUAUUUUGACGGGGUGCGGUCGAGGUGUCGACGUUCUCGACCCCUCUGGGGAGCUGCUCUUGACGGUUCAGACCAACUAUACGGUCCAGAAUUUCGCUUGGACGGGUCCGGAACUGAAGACGCUAUGGCUGAUGGGCAAUGGAGGAAUCAGUAAGGUCGAAUGGAACCUGCCCGGCCAAGUGUUGAAAUAAAUGCUACAUGGGUGACCAGUACGGUAUCGCCCUGAUAUCUAAUGUCUUAUUACGAAGAAGCCGGUUAUAAAGGUUACGAUUGAACGAUGCCUUAUGCAUUGACUUUCCAGCACUUUGGCAA